CGAUAGUAUUGGUUUUUCUUGCUGGACUUGACCGAUACUUACCAUAACACAAUCCAGGCGGAUCAGAGUAACUGGACUAAUCAACAUCCGCAGGUUAUCGAUUUGAAAAGUGCCAAUUUGGGGCGUGAUCGCGAGCAAUAGAUCCAGAUUCAUCAUAGUUUUAUGAACAACUUCAAGUUAUAUUGAAAGAACCCCUAAACUUACUUACUUGACGCUAUUCGGAAAGAGAAAGAUUACUGAAGUUGCUAGCCGAUCCAAGAAGAUCCAAGGAGAUUUCAAAUUAUUAUAGAAGACUAUAUUAGAAGGCAUUUAGAAAAGUUGACAUGAGUAAAUCAUACGGCGGAACCGCUAAGAACUCACAAUGGCUGGAUGGCAUGAAUCAACAGCAUGUUCUACAGCAAAGACAUAUACAACAACAACAGCAGCAACAACAACAACAGCAGCAACAACAACAGCAGCAGCAAAUGCAACCCCCCCUUGCUAAUUACACAUUACCUGGAGUAAUCAAUUAUCUUACGAGCGAAUUCACAAACUUGGAAAGGUUCAAAAUAAUGACCAAUUUGGAGAAAAACGAGAUGAAGUAUCAAUUACUUCAAUAUCAGGGCGAAAUUAAUGCAUUAAAGUUUGUGAAUAAUAAACAAAAUAUUAAAAUUCAACAAUUGGAGAAUGAAAAUAAGGUGUUAAAAUCAAAGUUGGGCAACGAAGAAAAAUCUCAAGUCAAUGGUGAAAACACUGAGACCUCGAUUGAAAUCCCAGAAAUUGAUUUGGAUGUAAUUAAGAAAUCGAGGUAUCAAUUAACAAAAUCAAUGAAGGAAUUAGUUCAUUUAUUGAAAACUCCAAGUGUAAACAAUGGGAAUUAUCUUGAUUUACCAGACCCUUUCUCUUUAGAGCUCAAUGAACAAGAUGAAUUGUUCAGUUCCGAUAAGUUCUAUUUUAAUGAUUUUACCAAUACUCUUGAUACAGAACAUCAAUCAAAGAACCAGCCUUCAAAUCAUUUGAAGCACUUUAACGAUCACGACAGCUUUUCAUUCGAUCGCAACGAUGAUAACAACCAAGAUGUUUUCGACCUAAAAAAUGGUAGUCUUACAAAAAUUGAUGACUCUUCAAACAUUUUUAAUCGUCAAUUUAAUGAAGAUACAAAAGAAGUGACCCAAGAAGAAAUCGAUUCAGAGCAUGAGGACUUUGAUGAAAAAGUAAAUGACUUUAAUGAUACAAUUAAUCCUCUACCAGAUAUUCCAGAUUCCCUCUCAGCACCUUCCCCUUGUGGGCCUGAUUUUACGAAGAAUGCCUCUCCACCAGCUUCUCCCAAUCCAAGUAAUAACUCUAUCAAUGACAGUAUCGUUGAAAGCGAUGCGGAAACCGUGACUUUGGAAACCGAUGAUGAAAACGAAGAUGAUCCCUUAAAUGAAUUCAUACAAAAUCAUAAGAGUAAAGGCUCACAAGAAGUACAAGAUGAAAAAAUUCAAGAAUCACCAUCUAACAAUGAAGAAACGAAUAGCCACUCGAUCUCCACUGAAGAAAAUAAUUCUAAUGGAUCGAAAAACAGCCCAAAAGAAUGCAAGAGUAUUAAUUUGAAACCCUCAGGUAAAAAUGUAAGAAUAUUCACAAAUGUUUACGAUGAUUAUAUCAUUACUAUUGGUGAAGAAGAUUCAAAUAAUAUACUACAAGUUUGGACGCCUGAAAACAACCAGCCAUUGUGUAGUAAUUCACUUACAAAAGAUGCCAAAUUAACUGAUUUAAUUGACGUCUAUUGUUUAGUGGCUGAUUCCUCACAUUCAAAAUAUAUUUUCAUUAACCAAGAAACGGCUCAAUUAUUGGAAAUUAGUGAAAAGGGAGUUAGCAAAAAUAUCAUUCAUAAUUAUGCUUCUAAAACCUUGAGACCGUUAUCCCUGUCCUUAAUUGGGUUUUCUCACAAAUGGACCGAUGGAUAUAAAGCCUGGGGGUUAACUAUUGCAACCAGUACUCAUAUUGAUAUAUUCGAAAUUAGUUUUAAGAAUAAGGUCAAACACAAGCAAAUCGGAAGCUAUAACAAAGGUUUUCUUUCCGUUGAUGCCAUUGAUUAUGUUGGUUGGUUGAAAGUUCCAAAUAAAGCUAACCAAUCUCCUAAAUCGCCAAAGAAGAAUUCUAAGGGUCCUUUCAACUGUGAUGAUCCUACUCUUUCCACCUACGAAGUCAUUUUCAAAUCUGGGAAAAAAUUGAACUUAAUCAAUAUUUUCACAAAAACAAAAUCAAAAGUUGACUUAGAGCUUGAUAAUUUAUCAGAUAUAUCUCUUUCUCGCAAUCAACUCAUCUACAUUUCUCCCCCACCUUCCGGCAGUGUUGGAUUGUGGGAUUUCAACAAGGAAAAGUCAACUGAAAUUGGUAAAUACGACGGAGGCCUGUUAUUUGUGCUCAGUGGUAAUGAUGAUAUUAUAAGACUAAACAAGAAUGAUAAGCAUCUUGAAGUUGUCGAACAUGCUUUUCCUCCAUCCUUCAAAACAUUGAAAAGUAAAAUAAAUACAAGAUCCUCCUCCAAUUUAAUCGCUACCAAGGAUAAAGCCAUCGUUGUUACCGAAACAUCCCCCUCAUCAAUCGACAUGUACGUUUACGAUACCAAAUAUGCUUGAUUCUCUUCAUUUUUAAGUUUUUCAAUCUUUUCAUUUUUCAAUCCCUUAUAUUAUACGUUUUCCGCUUUUUUUUCUUUUUGUAACUGUCUACUUCUUUUCGUGCACAGUAUUCAUUCCAUCAUAUCUACAGUUAAUUGCAUAAGUAUGU